GCUUGAUGAUGUUCGCAAAACGCUCUUAAAAGAUGAAUGUGACAGUGAUGAUGAUCUUCAUAUGGGAUCAAAUUGUCGUUUUUCAAAAUAUUCAGAACACAAUGCAAUGAUUAAACCAAGUGAUGAACCUAAAUACAGUCUUUUAGAUAUCAUUGAAAAAAAAGAUGAUAAACAUUUUUUGCAUAUUAUUCAAAAUGCUGAAUUCGAUUUAACCCAAUUAAGGUUUGAAAAGGGUUUCAAGUUUAACAAAGAUGGUUCCAUAACAAUUGCACCCGUUCAAGCAUUCAAAAUUAACCUUGAUGGAAUUAAGAAAGAAGAUAAAUUCGAACCAUAUGAACAAGUAUAUGAUUGUAAACACAAAAAAACUGCAGAAUGUAAACGUUCCCUUAUGUUUGAUUUAAAACUUUCGGCUGCUUAUUCAGAAUUAGUUUCUACUUCUAUUGGGUUAUCGCACGAAAAUUCAGAUAUAAUGCUUAAACAAGACAUGACACAUACUAUACAUUCGUAUGAAGGAGUAAAAAAAGGAGUAUUACAUAUUCCAGACAAAAAUUUUAUUCUAGAAAAAACUUUCAUUGAACAUGUGGAAAAUGUAGUGAAUGGUAAAGAUACAGUUCAUUAUAAGAUUAGUAAACUUUGCGAACUAUCACAAAAAUAUGGCCAUUUUUAUGCACGAUGUCUUAUUUUAGGAGGAACAAUAAUAAGGAAUGAAGAAUAUACUAAAAACUCAGUUGAAAAUUCUAAGGACAAAAUUACUAAAGCACAAGGUGUAGUCGGAAUUGCUUCAAACAUUCUUAAGUUCGGAGUCAAUGCUGUUAAUGCUAAUAAGGAUACAUCUAAUAAUUAUACUAGCAAAACAAGUAUAUCCGAAACAAUUAUUGGUGGAGACUAUUCUCAAAAUGACAAGAAUCUUUGGAGGCAAUCUCUUAAUGCUGAUGCAACAAAAUGGAAAAUAAUUGGAUAUGAGGGAAUUUAUUCAUUGUUUGAUUUAUUAGAUGAAGAAUUGAAAAAAAAAGUGUUGAGCGUCAUGGGUCAUCAAAUUUUAGAAGCCAACGUUAAAGAAAUCGAUUUCAGCAUGAAAGAAUAUAAAAAGACAAAGAUGCCAUAUAUUCAUAAAGUGCAGAUAACUAAUGAAACCAUAAAUAUUAGCGAGUGCAAUAUUCUUGCAUCAAUUGUGAGCCAAAAAGAAAAUAUAUUUUCUUUAUAUGUGGAUUAUAUGGAUGGAAAUAAAAAUCGCCCAGUGAUUGUUAUUCAUCAUAUAAAAGGUGAAAGGGCUAUACCAAUGUUUAGUAAUAAAACUAAAAUCAAAAUCGGAUGGAUUAUAUUUGGACCACCAACGGACUUCAAUUUUAGUAUCCAACAUCCACUAGUAUUUAAAAGUGGAAAGUAUUCGGCUCUUCGAGAAAAAGAUUAUCAUAUAAUAAACAACCAUGGCAUGUUUGGUACUUUUGGUACAUGCGUCUUAGAUGCAGUUAAUAUUUCUCCUCAAAUAGAAAGUAGUUCAGAUACAGAAACAGUUACUCAAAUAGUUCACAACCCAAGAGAAUCACCAUUUGUUAUUGGUAAUUAUCUUACACGUCGCCAAGACUCUGUAUGCCAAGAGUCCUCAUUGCUAUUUGUUUAUGACAUUAAGGCUGAAAAGAAGGUAACUGACGAAAAAGUCUUGAAAAGAUUGGCUUUAUAUAGUUGUAAUAUCGAUAAAACAAAUUCUCGUCAAGUUAACGAUUUUUUUGGCGAAAUGAAGUUUGAUUGGAUCAAAAGAGAAAAUAAGGAAAUAUUACAAAGUAGUAAAAAAAUUAAUAUCUCUAACGACAAUCAUUUAAUCUUGGUGAAUCGAAUAUUUGACCAUGAUGAUUGUAGGGAUUGUCAACCUCUCGGAUUUGUUAAUGUCAUUUCCGAUAAAAUUUGUUAUGGGUCAUUAAAUUCAAAACACCUGAGUAUAGAUAAAAGCGAUGGAUCAAUUGUUUAUCUUUCAAUUCCUCUGAAAAAAGGAUAG